UUAAAUUUGAAUUAAAUUUUGAUCCUUACACCUACCACUCCGACAAGCAUUCAAUGGAUUUUAGGAGCUCCGAUCCCCGCCAUAAGCUCCGCGCGCUCUAUGAUCGCUUUGGGUGAAAUUCCUUCAUUUCCUAAUCAGAGUCAAAUCAAGAGGUUAGGUUUCGUCAUCGCUGUCGUCUUCUCGUACAAGUAUUUCCGAUUCGCAGAGCUCCAGGCCGGAGAGAGGACAGACAAACCCAAGAUGGAUCUGAUAAGGCCGCGCUUCGUUCUGUUCGGUGAUUCAAUCACAGAGCAAUCUUUCAGGCCCGGUGGAUGGGGUGCAGCCCUUGCUGACACUUAUGCCAGAAAGGCUGAUAUAAUUGUUAGAGGCUAUGGUGGAUAUAACACAAGAUGGGCUUUGUUCCUACUCCAUCGAAUAUUUCCACUGAACUGCACUGGAGCUCCUGCUGUUACUACAGUUUUCUUUGGGGCAAACGAUGCCGUUAUCUUGGGGAGAACUAGUGAAAAGCAACAUGUACCUAUUGAAGAGUACAAGCAGAACCUACGGAAGAUUGUUCAUCAUUUAAAGGAUUGUUCGUCUACUAUGCUGAUAAUUUUAAUAACCCCACCACCAGUUGAUGAGAAUGGACGCGAUGAAUAUGCUCGAUUUCUGUAUGGUGAUAAGGCAAGAGUGCUGCCAGAAAGGACUAAUGAAAUGACUGGAGUUUAUGCAAAUAAUUGCAUUGAGCUAGCACAGGAAUUGAAUCUACCUUGUGUUGAUCUUUGGUCUCUCAUGCAAAAAACUGUAGGCUGGCAGAAAAAGUUCUUAAGGGACGGCUUGCACUUAACUCCUGAAGGAAAUGAAGUUGUCCACAAAGAAGUGGUGAGGGUGUUGUUGGAUGCUGGGCUUCGGCCACAAGAUUUGCCCUAUGAUUUUCCUCAUCAUUCCGACAUUGAUGGAAAAGAGCCCCACAAAGCAUUCCAACUCAGGAAUUGAGGUUUUUGGUCACUGCUGCUUAAUUCUCCAUGUUGUUUUUUAUACAGCUUGAUUAUUCUGCUUUUAACCAUGAACUUGUGGUGUUGGACCUCUACAUAUAAAUAUAUGAAAUAUUGAUUUGCCCAAA